CGCAAGGGACAAAUUCAAAACUGCGCUGUUCCACAGAGGAACCGUUGCUAGCGAUGUACACUAGCUAACAUUUGCCGUCUCUGCCAUCUAGUUAUUUUUGUCGCAGCCAGUCUAUUUCAGUUCUGAAGAUUUACGAGAUGUGGGACUUCAUUGUUCCAGUGUGUGUCAGUGAUUUGGUGAAGACUGGGGGCAUCAAUCAGUACGUGGUCCAAGAUGUUCUUUCCCCCAAACAGCUAGCUACACACCUCCACAGUUUCAGGGCUGCAUUGCGGAGUCAGGGCCCACUGUGCAUCCUGGAGCACUUUGACACUGCAUACAGCGUCCUCAAACAUUUCCAGGCCGUGGAUGUAGCUGUGAAAGAAGAUACAUUGGAGUUGCUUGUGCAAGUGGUCAAUGGACUGUCGGUCUCUCUACCAUCCCUCCUCCUCUCCACCACGCUCUCUGCAGUGGACCGAAAGCAGCAGCUCAAUGCUGUUAAAAUGGCUGCGUUUCUGCUCUGCAAGCUUUCAGAGCAUCUGGAGAGCGACUCCUACAGGCAGAGCAUUGUCACUGCACCUAGCAAGGGUGGCAAGAAGGCCAGGCCAGGUGGAGAGGGUCAGAUGCAGUGGGACUCCGAGAGGGCUCCAGUGCUGCAGGCCCUCACACAGCUGCUGCAGCUGGACAUCAGGACCCUCUGGAGCCUGUCUCUGGUGGAGGAGGAGUUUGUCAGCUGCGUGACGUGCUGCUGCUACAAGCUCCUGGAGAACCCCAGCAUCAGCCUGGUGAAGUGCAAGCCCAGCCGUGAUGCCAUCAUCCACCUGCUGGGCGUGAUGGUGAAGAAGUACAACCAUCUGCUCGGUGCCAGUGUGAAGGUGAUCCUGCUGCUCCAGCACUUUGAGCAGCUGUCCUCUGUGUGCGCGCAGGCCGUGGCGGUAUGGAGCACCGAGUACAGCGUCAAGGCCAUUGUCGGCGAGGUCAUGAGAGAGAUUGGUCAGAAGUCCAGUGAGGAGCUGAGUAGGGAGGGCUCGGGUGUGAAGGCCUUCUCCUCCUUCCUCUCUGAGCUCAGCACCCUGGUGCCCGACACCAUGAUCCUCAACAUCAGCGUGCUGCUCACACACCUGGAGGGAGAGAGCUACAGCAUGCGCAUAGCCGUGUGCGAGGUCCUGGGGGAGGUGCUGGUGCGGGUUCUGAGCGGAGACGGGCUGAACGAUUCGGGCCGGGCCGACCGGGACCGCUUCCUGGACAUCCUGCAGGAGCACCUCCACGACACCAACUCUCACGUGCGCGCCCGAGUGCUGCAUGUGUACGCCCGCAUCGUCAACAGCAAGGCUCUGCCCCUGUGCCGCUACAGCGAGGUCAUGGGGCUGGCGGUGGGUCGCCUGCUGGACAAGUCCAUCAACGUGUGCAAGAACGCCAUCCAGCUCCUGGCAGCCUUCAUCGCUCACAACCCCUACAGCUGCAAGCUGAGCAGCGCUGAUCUGAAGAAGCCCCUGGAGAAGGAGACAGCCCGGCUGAAGGAGCUGAGGGAUAGGGGGAGAGAGAAGGCUCCAGUGGCGGUGAUCGAGGCCGGGGAGCUGUGGGCAGCCAUGGAGCCGGAGCUGCUGCUGACGGCCCGCGCGGAGCUGGAGCCCGCCAGCGAGGAGGAGGAGGGCGCAGAGCCCGAGGAGGGCCUGGGAGAGCUGCAGACGCAGGAGGACGACCGGGCCACAGCCGUGCAAAUCGCGCAGUUCCUGAGGGUGAACAAGUACAGGCAGGCCGUACGUCUGUGCGUUCAGGCUCGCAAGGAGUUCCCCGAGUCUCCGCUCUUCUCCGCCCUCUCCUCGCCCUCCACAGAGUCCGUCAUGGACACGCUGGCUCGUAUCUUCAAAGGCCCAGAGCAGGAGGCCCCUCAGAAAGAGGAAGAGCAGGCUGUCGCCCCGCCGGAGGAGGAGAAGGGAGGAGAGAGGGAUGAGGCAGAGGAGAGCGAGCUGAAGAAGCAGGAGAUGCUGGUUCAGUACCUGAGGGACACGGAGAGCUUUGCGCUGCAAGUAGAGAAGGCCAUCGCUGUCAUCAACACCAUGCUCUACUGGAAAACCACCACUGUGGUGCAGGAGGCGGUGCAGUUCUGUGUGACGGUGUGUGAGUUCAGCGUGGCGAACGCGCUGUUGGGGGUGAGGCGGAUGCUUCCGCUCGUCUGGUCCACCGACGCCGCAGUGAAGGAGGCCGUGGUGCAGGCCUACCGCCGGCUGUACCUCAACCCCCAGGGGGACACCACCAGGGCCAAGGCGCAGACCCUGGUGGACAGUCUCUCAGAGCUGAUGGUGGAUGCCUCCAUGGGGACCAUCCAGUGUCUGGAGGAGAUAGUGCAGGAGUUCUUCGGGGGCGGCAGCAGCCUACAGGCCAGCGUGGUGCAGGUGUUGUGGGAGCGCUUCAGCGGGAAGCAGGAGAGCUCCGGCCUGCAGAGACGCGCUGCCGUCCUGCUGCUGGGCAUGGCUGCGCGGGCGGAGAGGGAGGUGGUGCUCGGCAACCUGGACACUUUGUGCUCCGUGGCGCUUGGGGAGAAAGUGACGGAGGACUUCCUAUUGGCCAGAGACGCAGUCCUCACCAUCUGCGGCAUCACUGCGCACAGCAAGCUGAAUAAAGAUGCUCCUCCAUUCAGACUGCCUCAGGACCACCAGCUCUUCACCUGCCUCACCCAGGCCAUCCAAGAAGGUGUGGUAAUGGCUGACCCGCACUGGCAGAGCUUCAUGGAGCAGGCAGUCCGGCUCAUUUUCUUCCUGGCGGAGUCACCUGACCAGAUCUGCUCCCACCUCCUUCAGCGCUGCGCUCGCCUGCUAUUGGACCAGACCUCAGAGGGCGGGGAAUGCGGCGAGGAGGGCCGCCAAUCGCAGGGAGGGUCUCAGGGUGAUGAUGACGAGGGCGGACAAAUGAGCUGCGUCUCCCUGGCCCAGCUCCUGGCCCUGUGUGGCUCUGUGGCCUUCUGGCAGGUGUCUCACCUGGAGCGCAGUGUCAGCGUGGAGCUCCGCAGGAGGAGGGGAGAGAGGGAAGAGAGGGAGGCCGCUGGCCCCUCCAGCAAGGCCAAGCAGGCGUCCAAUGAGACCAUCGAGGAGGAGCUGGGAUUGGUGGGUGCCUCUGCAGACGACACCGAAGCGGAGCUAAUCCGCAAGAUCUGUGAGACAGAAUUAUUAGCUGAGGAGAACCUGCUGAGCUCCUUCCUGCCCCUGCUGGUGAGGGUGUGCAGCUCCCCCGGCCGCUACGCCCACCCCCAGCUCUGCACCUCCGCCUGCCUGGCCCUGGCCCAGUUCAUGAUGAUCAGCCCCUCUGUGUGUGAGGAGAACAUCAGGCUGCUCUUCACGGUGCUGGAGAGGUCCUCUCUGCCUGUGGUCAGAGCCAACACCAUCAUCGCCCUGGGAGACCUCACCGUGCGUUUUCCCAACAUCCUCGAACCCUGGACUCAGAACCUCUACGCCAGGCUCAGUGACGAGAGCUCGUCCGUCAGGCAGACUGCAGUGACGGUGCUGACUCAGCUGGUGCUGAAGGACGUUCUGAAGGUCAAAGGGCAGGUGAGCGAGGUGGCCAUUCUGCUCAUCGAUGCCCAGCCCCACAUCGCCAGCCUGGCCCUCAACUUCUUCAACGAGCUCGCCAGCAAGGACAAUGCCAUCUACAACCUGCUCCCUGACAUCAUCAGUCGUCUGUCCGACCCUGAACGAGGGAUGAAGGAGGAAGACUUUCACACCAUUAUGAAGCAACUCUUCUCCUACAUCACCAAAGAGAAGCAGACCGAGAGCCUGGUGGAGAAGCUCUGUCAGAGAUUCAGGACCGCAAAGACGGAGAGGCAGUGGUGCGACCUGGCCGUGUCGCUCUCCCUGCUGUCCAUGUGCGAGCGCGGGUUCAAGCGGCUGCAGGAGUGCUGGGAGUGCUACAGCGACAAGCUGACGGAGCCGGGCGUGUACCAGCCCCUGCUGUCGGUCGCCGCGCGGGUGCGCCGCGGGGCCAAGCCUCAGCUCAAGGCCCAGGUGGAGGACUUUGAGAAGAAGCUGACUGCCGUCCACACUAAAGGGCUGGAGAACAUCGAGAGCGGCGAGAUGGAGGAGGGGAGGGAGGGAGAGGAGGCGGAGAGCGUCUGUACUCCCCGGCCUCUGAGCAAACCCGCCCGCAGGACCACACGAGCUAAAGGUAGAAACUCCACCUGCCAGGACAGCGACUUUGCGACCCCUAAAACCUGUCGUAGGCCUAAGAAAACGCGCAUGGUCUUCAGCAGUGAUGAGGAGGAUGAGGAAGACGCUGUCAUGGCUGAGAACGAGACUCCCAAGGUGACCACGCCCAUCGCCCGUUCAUCUCGACGGACUCGGCUCCGACACUGAUCUCGUUUUGUCCUGAUCGCCCCUCUUUCCCCCUCCCUCUUCUUACCUGCUUUCUUACUUUGUAUAAAUGUUUUUUUUUUUUUGUAUGUUUGUAUUGACCUGUCUUGCCUUUCUCAAUUUCAUGUUUUCCAGUGUGUUUAUUAUCUAAGAAUUAUCACACUUUUACCUAAGCAGUUAAAUUAUGAUUGGACAGAAUCAAAUUUUUUAAAAUAAAGAUUUUGUAUAAACUAA